GUAAAGGCUCUAGCAUCGAAUUUCGCUCCUCGAUGUUUAACAGUUUGCAUUUGAUAUUUUUUCACGAUGUUACGAUAUCGUGCUGAAUCUUUCUAAUUCCGGUUUCCAGAGAACUGAGUGAAGGUAUCCAUAUCGUGAGUGAGGACGGAACACCUCUCGGUCAAUCUCAGUCAGCGGCCAGGAAAGCUAUCGCCUCAGUGACCUUUUCGCGUAUCGCGAUGGUAUCCCCUGGAAUGGUGCUAACGCCGGUGAUCAUGCAAGCAUUUGAGAAACGAGGCGUGCUGAGGAGGUUUCCCUGGGCCAACACUCCGUUACAGAUAAUCCUUUGCGGAUUUUUCCUCACUUUUGCCACUCCUAUGUGCUGUGCCUUAUUUCCGCAAAAAGUUCCUGUUUCAAUAGAGAGUCUGGAGCCGCACGUUCAGGAAAGUGCGCAGAAGAUUAGUCCUGACACAAAAAUUGGAUACUACAACAAGGGACUUUAGACUUAAAAUGUUAAAUAUACUCAAAAACCAAAUUAACUGUAAGCUAAGAGUUUACAAACAUUUGAGUCGUCUGUACUUCUUGUUCUAAAAAUGUUCGCUACCUAACACUCCAAGCAUUUUUCAGGACAUUUUUUACAAGUUGGAGAUCACAUCGUGAUCCUUAAUCAUUUUAUAGUGCCACUCUAUUUAAGCAUAUAAGAUUUUCUUUCUUUAAAGUUU